UUUUUCACGAGUGCACACUGGAUAGUUGCACAGUAGUGCAUACCAUGAUAUAUGACCUUCACCAUGAAUGAAAAAAACCAACAUGCUUUUGGUGCUUUGAUAACAGCACAGGAAUAGAACGGCUGACUACAAAGGUGCAAGGAAUGCCUCAGUCUGAGAAAGAGAGUGAAAAGAAAGAGAGAAAGAGAGAACAUGAACGACAGCCGACAGUAAAAGAAGAGCAUGAUGCAUCUUCCCCUCUGAUGAAUGAAUGUUCUUCACCACAUUCAGGAGCUGGUGAUGAGGAAAGGAUGCAAUUUCUUCAGCUGGUGUUUCAGAAUUCUUGUGUUGGCCAGUCCAGGCCGUCUGUGCUCCGCUCUACGGCUUUCCUGCUUCAGGCAAAUGAGGACAACCCAACUGCCAUGGACAAAAGAAAAGAUGCAAGUCGCAGUUCCCAGAUCUCAGUCCAAGCUGUUCCUGAAUCAAGCCAGACCAGUAAACAAUUUCCCAGCAUUCAUUCACACAGCCAUGUUCAGUCAGGUAUCGAGAGCUCCAGCUCUCUAUUUGUAAACGGACAAUGUCGUUGGCCUGGCUGUGACAAAGUCUUCGAAGGGUAUCAAUUGUUUUUGAGACACCUGAAUCGAGACCACAGCACAGGUGAGAAAACUAUCACACAGUGGCGAGUUCAGCAAGACUUGGUACGUCACUUGGAAAAUCAGCUCAUUCAGGAGAAGCAGAGACUUCACGCCUUGCAGCUCCACCUUCGGCUGUUUCAGUGCAUCUCAACACACACCGGAACAACGCCAGGCUGGCGGAGGCCACUGGCACCAAAUUUGCCCCCGUUGGGGGAGCCAGAUGGCAGGACAGAGAGAGCUAGUGAAUCACUAGUGCGACAGGAAUACUGGCACAUACCGCUACCACACCUGAUGCCAGAUUUUGUUAGCAGCACUGAAUACUACAAAUAUGCCAAUAUACGACCUCCAUAUACUUACGCUUUCCUAAUCAGAUGGUCAAUACUGGGAGCUCCAGAGAAGCAACGGACGUUAAAUGAGAUUUACAACUGGUUCACACAAAUGUUCUUCUACUUCCGUCAUAGCUCUCCAACAUGGAAGAAUGCUGUGCGACACAAUCUGAGUCUUCAUAAAUGCUUUGUGCGGGUGGACAGGAGGAAAGGGGCAGUUUGGACAGUGGAUGAGGAAGAGUUUCAAAAGAGGAAAGGACAGAAAAUCAACAGGGACUAUACCUGGAAAAGGCUGAAACCUUUAUCCCAUUCUCCACCCCAUGAGACCUUAGAUGUAUCGAUGACAGCCACAGAUUCUCAGUAAAACCUUCAAUAAUUUGAAGGCUGUAUGAUUUCAAAAUUCGUAUGAUUUAGAAAAUUCUUUGUGAGGGUGAGAAGCUGUUUUGUUAAUAUUUGUUAUUGAAUCCAAACCAUCUAUAUCUGAACAAAAAGCCAUUAGUCUUAAUUAAAAUAUGGUGUUAAUUACUGUCUUGUCAGUUUUCUGUGUAACAAUUACAAACAAUUGUUGUCUGUGUAAUUAUUUAUGCAGACAGUAAGGUUUUUAUUUUUCAUAGUGGCAAUGAAUGGCUUUGACCUUGUUGUGAAAUUUUAAAUGUGCAUUAUUACCUUACCUCUAUGUGUUGUACUGUACCAGAUUAUAAG